CGGCACACCGGAGCAGCACGGGCAGCACCGGGCGGGACCGGCGCUAGGACCCGGCGCGGCGGGGCCCGCCCGGAUUCCAGGCUGGCUCCCGGUGUGACGUCACGCCCGGUCCCGGCCCCUCGCGCUCGGGAAAAUGCUGCUCUCGGUGCCGCCGCGCUCGGGGCUCCCCGCCUUCGCCUACAACAAGGGCGGCAAGAAGCAGCCCUAUGUGCCCCCGGCCCAGCCCCUGGGCCCCCCCAGCCCCAGCCCAGCCGGGGGGGCCCCGGACCAGCUCAGCAAGACCAACCUCUACAUCCGGGGGCUGCACCCCGGCACCACGGACCAGGACCUGGUCAAGCUCUGCCAGCCCUAUGGGAAGAUCGUCUCCACCAAAGCCAUCCUGGAUAAAACAACCAACAAGUGCAAAGGCUAUGGUUUCGUGGACUUUGACAGCCCCACAGCCGCCCAAAAAGCCGUGACGGCCCUGAAGGCCAGCGGGGUGCAGGCACAGAUGGCCAAGCAACAGGAGCAGGACCCCACCAACCUGUACAUCUCGAACCUGCCGCUGGGCGUGGACGAGCAGGAGCUGGAGGCGCUGCUGAAGCCCUUCGGGCAGGUGGUCUCCACCCGCAUCCUGCGGGACCCCCACGGGGCCAGCCGGGGGGUGGGCUUCGCACGGAUGGAAUCCACGGAGAAGUGCGAGGCCGUCAUCACCCACUUCAACGGGAAGUUCAUCAAAACCCCCCCGGGGGUGCCAGCCCCCCCAGACCCCCUGCUCUGCAAGUUCGCUGAUGGGGGGCAGAAGAAGCGGCAGAGCCAGGGCAAGUUCGUGUCCAACGGCAGAGCCUGGGCCCGGGACGGCGACACGGGCACCGUGACCUUGGCCUACGACCCCGCGGCGGCGCUGCAGAACGGGUUCUACCCCGCGCCCUACGGGCUGGCCCCCGGCCGGAUGCUGCCCCCCGCCGCCCUGGCCCCCUACCUGCCCUCCCCGGUCUCCUCCUACCAGGUCCACGGCCCCGCCUGGAUGCACCAGUCCUACCUCGUGCAGCCCACGGGCGCGGUGCUGGCCCCCACCGUGGACCACGCUGUCCCCCUCCAGCCCUCUGUGGUGGCCCCCCUGGCCCAGCAGCUCGGCCACCUCUCUCUGGGCAGCGCUGGCACGUACGUCCCCGCUGCCGCCGCCGUCCCCGGAGCCUUCAUCCCGCCGUACCCACCGGUGCCGCCCGCGCUGCCGCUGGAGGACGGCGGAGCCGCCCCCACCCACGGCCCCAUCGAGUCCCCGUCCGAGCCCGGCGCCUUCCCCUACCCCUACCCCAAGUAGCGGCGGGGGGGGCCCGGCCUGAGGGACCCCCCCAAAUCCUCUGGGAGGGGCCGCGCCGGGACCCCCGCCCGGUGCCCACCCCCCCCAAACCGCAGCCGAGCCCCGGCCGGGGGUCCCCGAGCCCGGGGUGGGGUGGGGGGGUCCCAGCUCUGGGGUGCGGGGAGGGUCCCGCUGCCCCCCCCCAAUAUCCACCCCCACCUCCCCCCCCCCUCGGAGGGCUUUUCUUCCUCCCGCGUUUUCUAAAAAACUAAAAAAGGAAAAAAAAAAAUUCCAUACAUGAAAAAAAAAAAAAAGGCAAAAAAAGA